AUGGCUGAGACUACACGCAAAGGUUCAAGCAGAGGAGGUGUUGGAGGAGUACGGUCUCCACUGGAUUCUUCAGUCAAAGCCGGGGUGGUGUUGUCAGAUGAGAGGGUAGACUUCCUGCGAGAGCUGGCCUUCUGUGUGCUACGAGUAAAAACUGACAAGUGGAACCGCUUUAUUGGAGCAGAGGAGAACCAAAAGAUUAUACUGGAUUUCCUGGACCACAUCUGGACCAAUUGUCUGCUGCUCUUCACUGGACCUGGAGGAACACUACAUGCUGGUGAUGCUCAGUCAUUACUUAUUUCUGGUGCUUUCAAUGCUGUUGAAAGCAUUCCUACUGUGUUUGCAUCUGUGAAGACGUCCCCACCAUGGAAGACCAAACUGUUGUGUGUGAUAAAGAAGGGUGUGAAGAGAGUUUCCCACCAAGGAUUCAAAAACCAACUCCGACUGGGAGAAGUACCCGCAUACCCCAUGGAACACCUGCCGGUCAUAAUCUCAGAGGUGCUGGUGUGCGUGCUGUCCAAUAGUAUGAACCAGAAUGACUGGCCACGGGUGAUCUCUGAAGACAUCCACAGACACCUGGAGAGGCUGAGGAGCAAAAUGGUGACUCUGAGGGGCCGUGCUGAGGGUCGAACACUGUUGCCCCUCCCGCUGUGUGUUGAGAACACACAGCCUCAGCACAUUGCUCUGAGGUCAGUGCAUAUGGUACUGUCAAAAUGUGUCAAGUGUGAUGCAUAG